ACAAUUUGACUACCUCUUUGCCUGCAUAAUGGUUAGCUUGUGCACAUCCACCAACCAUAUUCCUAGCCGCAUUCCAGCAUGUCCAUAGUAUUCAGAACAUCAAAUUGCUGAACCACUCAAAGUCACGUACAAUAUGCCAUAUACUCGUGCAUGUACAUGGUGUUCCAGUCCUCAGCAAGCCAAACUAGCAUAUCGUCCAAAUGGUACAAGAAGCGGUCGAUGAUGUCGCCAGCGGCAUACGAAAGAUUGAUUUCAACCACCCCUACACACCAUAUGAUGUGCAGCAACAGUUCAUGAAAGCUGUCUACGAUAUUCUGGAACAAGGCGACGGCCAAAUAGGCAUUUUGGAAAGCCCGACGGGCACAGGCAAAUCGCUCUCUCUCAUUUGCGCAGCUCUGACAUGGCUUCGCCACCACAAGAAGUCCAUUUUUGAAGCCUCGGUAGAAGAUACAGCCAGGGCGUUCAAAGAUGAGCCCGAUUGGAUCAUUGAGCAAAUGCUGAAGAGGAAGCGAGAACAGGUAGUUCAGCAGUGGGAAGAGCGCGAGGCAAGGCUCAAGCGUAUACGGACUAAGGAGAGAUCACUGGAAGCACGUGGCAGCAAGAGGAGACGUGUUGAUGACUCGAACUCAAAGCACAACCCGUCAAAUGACAAAGACGAUACUGAAUGGCUUCUCAUUGAUCGGGAGGAUCCGGGUAUGCAGCAAGAUGGCGAGGCUCAAAGCUUUAGCAAGGAAACGAGGACACUGAUGGAGAAGCUGGGCAUGGGGCAACUCAAGCAGGAUGGCGACGAAGAAGAUCGCAUAGAAGAGCCUCUGAAGAUCUACUAUACAUCCCGAACUCAUUCGCAGCUUACCCAGUUCAUAAACGAGCUGCGAAGGCCAAAGUUCCCGCCAUCUGUGCCAGAAGACCUACUUUCGGGCGAGAACCAGUCCGAAGGCGAGACUAUCAAGCAUAUACCAUUAUCUUCACGUCAGCGUCUGUGCAUCAACCCAUCAGUCUCAAGACUUGGCAGUCUUGCUGCAAUUAACGAUAGAUGCAAAGAUUUGCAACAAUCCAAAUCUGAUAGCAAAUGCCACUUUGUGCCAAAUGCAAAUAACAUCAGCCAGACGCAUCAAUUCCGUGACAGUGCUCUAGCAUCGUUGCCCGACAUUGAGGACCUUUUUGAUCUUGGCAAGAAGUUGGCAGUAUGUCCCUAUUAUGCUUCCAGAACCGCACUUCCCGAGGCUGAGAUCAUCACCUUGCCUUAUCCCUUGCUGCUCCAACAGACAGCAAGAGAGGCGCUUGGAAUCGAUCUGAAGGGCAGCGUCGUUAUCGUUGACGAAGCGCACAACAUCAUGGAUGCGGUCGCCAAUGUUUAUGCCUCCGAAAUCAGCCUCAGUGACUUGAAGCGUGGCAGGCAGAUGCUGGGAGGGUACGUUAAAAGAUUUGGCAAAAAGCUCAAGGGCGAGAAUAGGGUCAUGGUUGCCCAGGUGGCAAGAGUUAUUGAUGGUUUGAGCGAGUGGUUAACCGGAGCGUCACAAUUAAAGAAUGACCACGGUAUUGUUGACCCGAAUGCCCUGUUACAGACAAAAGCCAUCGAUCAGAUCAAUUUAUAUAAGUUGAUCCAAUACAUUCAAGAAUCGAAACUGGCUUACAAAAUCGAGGGGUACGCUGCGCAUGUUGAGGAGCAAACUGCACAGACCGCCGGCGUUGUGUCAUCAACGCCCGUCCUGCACGACCUCGUGUCUUUCCUUGUGUCGCUCACGAACCUCGGCUCGGAAGGGCGGAUUUUCUUUCAGAAGGAUAUGAGUUCCCCACGGCCCGAUAUAAAGCUUUCCUACCUUCUGCUGUCUCCAACGCAUGCCUUCUCGUCCGUCGCUUCUAGUGCGCGAGCUGUCAUUCUAGCUGGAGGCACGAUGUCUCCAUUUGAGGAUUACACUGCGCAUCUCUUUCCAGACCUUCCGCUAGAUAAAAUCACGACACUAAGCUGUGGGCAUGUUAUUCCCGCCUCGAAUCUCUGCGUUUGGACUCUGGCUGCUCCUCGACCGGGACCUUUGGAUUUUGAGUUCAGUUUUCAAAAACGUAGCGACAAGACCAUGGUUCGAGAGUUAGGGAUUGCAAUUCUCAACAUGUGCAGUGUUGUACCAGACGGCAUGGUCGUGUUCUUUCCCAGCUACGGGUAUCUAGAUGAGGUCGUCGCCACAUGGAGCGAAAUGUCGUCUACUACUGGGUCCGUCAAGCAAGAGUCUAUCUGGGCAAGGCUGCAAGCCAAGAAAGCACUCUUCAGAGAGUCCAAAGGUGGCUCAAGUGACGAGGUCCUCGCAAAGUACAGCGAAGCCAUCCUAGGUGAUCCGUCGAAGCCCAACUCCAAUGGCAAUGGCACAGGUGCCCUGCUCCUUAGUGUCAUCGGUGGGAAAAUGAGCGAAGGCAUCAAUUUCUCCGAUCGUCUCGGCCGCUGCGUCAUCAUCGUGGGUCUCCCUUAUCCCAAUAUCAAUUCACCAGACUGGAAAGCGAGGAUUGAGUAUAUCGAAUCCACGACCAUAAACCGUCUAUUGGCAGGUGACCCCGCUCGGAAUAAGACAGAAGCGGCCGCGACUGCGAAGCAAACAUCGAGAGAUUUCUAUGAGAGCGCGUGCAUGCGCGCGGUUAAUCAGAGCAUUGGCCGUGCUAUCAGACACAAGGGUGACUAUGCGGCCAUCGUGCUUGUGGAUCGCAGGUUUGGGACGGAGAGGAUCAGGCGAAAGCUUCCCGGUUGGAUACAGGGUGGCAUGGUGGAUGGUAGCGAGAAGGGUGGCCUAGGGCAAUUGAUGGGAAAGCUCGGGAGCUUUUUCAGAAGCAAGAAGAGUUAGGGAUUAUGAUACGUCACGGAUUUCUCCGUGGUCGUUGCUCCUAUGGUCAGAAUUUAUAUGUUCGUGGAUUCAGGACUGCCACUUCUCACUGCCAUGACAAAAUUACUGGUUCUUCCAAUAUGAGGGUGGACCGAACUUGUCUAUAAUCACUGCCUGUGGAAAACAACUUAUAUACAUCAAAGUCAACUCCCCUUUGCCAUAUGCGCCAUAUCUCAUGAGCCCCAGCGUUAAAGAGAACACCGUGGUCAACUGCCGAGUGUACUUAGCCAGAGCGACAGAAGAGAAGAUGCCCACAUCACUUAGCCUGCCGUUCCUCGCCUCUUCGAUCAAACUCGCCGCUUCCGGCGCCCAGAUCCACCUCGU